AUGGAAUCUAUGAACUUAGUCAAAGGCUAUGGCAAAAUUAACCUUUCAGAAGAUCCAGCUUCUUCUUUGUCUACUCGCAGAGCCGCCCACAAGCGCCGCCUCGCCAUCGCCCUCUCUCUCACCCUCUUCCUAACUCUACUCAUCUGCGCAUUGGUCGGCGCGUUUAUCCACGCGUCAAAUUCCAAAGACCGAACACCAUCUGUAUCAUCCAACUCGGCCGAUUUGCUCAAAGCCGUGUGCGCAGUGACUCAGUAUCCAGAGUCAUGCUUUGACUCCAUAUCCUCCCUCCACAGCAGCCCACAAAAACCCGACCCGGAACCAUUCCUGAACCUUUCCCUUCAAGCAACAAUUAGAGAAUUAACCAACGUUUCUUCGCUCCCGAAAUCGCUGAUCUCGAAAGUCAAUGACCCGGGAACAGUGUCGGCGUUGAAGGACUGUGUCAGUUUGUUCGAUGACGCGCUGAGUCAACUCAACCAGUCGGCCGAGUUGCUCCAAGUGGGCCCCGGUGAAAAGGCUUUGACGGAUAAGAAGGUGAAGGACAUGCAAACAUGGAUCAGCGCUUCAAUGACUGAUCAGGACACGUGUUUGGAGGGACUGGAUGAAAUGGGAUCGCCGUUGGUUGGGGAAGUGAAAGCGCGGGUGCAGAAUGCUAAAGAGUACAUGAGUAACACCUUAGCAAUUCUCAGUAAUAUGCCUAGCCUUCUUCAAAAGUUUGGUAUCACUUUGCAUUGA